AUGCCGGGGCCGCGCCGCGACCGGCCCGCGCUGCUGCUGCUGCUCGGCGCGCUGCUCGCCGCCGACCUCUACUUCCACCUCUGGCCGCGGGCGCGGCGGGAGCUGGCGGCGCCCCGCGCCCCGGGCUGCCCCUGCCGCCGCCGCGGCCCCCCCGCGCCGCCGCCCCGCGCCCGCGCCGCCUCCGCGCUGCGGCGCCUCUUCGCCCACCCGCUGUACCGGGCGCCGGCGCCGCGGGGCCCCGCCGAGCCGCUGCUGGGCGCCCGCGAAGCGCUGCGCUACUACCGGCGCAAGGCGGCCCGCUGGAGCAGGAGGCGCGGGCUGCGCCGCGGGGGGCUCAACGUGACAGCGGCGCCGCAGCUCCGGCCGGACGCCAGCUGGCUCCAGUUCCACCUGGGCAUCAGCCGCGACGGGCUCUACCCCCGCGGCAGCCCCGCCGUCGGCCGGCUCCUCCGCGACAUGCAGGCCCUGAGCACCGUCAGCGCGGACUACAGCCAGGACGAGAAGGCUCUGCUGGGGGCUUGCGACUGCGCCCAGAUCGUGAAGCCCAGCGGCGUCCACCUGAAGCUGGUCCUCAGGCUCCAGGACUUCGGCAAAGCCAUGUUCAAACCCAUGAGGCAGAAACGAGAGGAGGAGACUCCCGAGGACUUCUUCUACUUCGUGGACUUCCAGAGGCACAACGCGGAGAUAGCCGCCUUUCACCUGGACAGGAUCCUGGAUUUCCGGCGGGUCCCCCCCACCGUUGGAAGGUUGAUCAAUGUCACCAAGGAGAUCCUGGAGGUCACCAGGAACGAAAUCCUGCAGAGCGUCUUCUUCGUCUCCCCAGCCAGCAACGUGUGCUUCUUUGCCAAGUGCCCGUACAUGUGCAAGACGGAGUACGCGGUGUGCGGGAACCCUCACCUCCUGGAAGGGUCCCUCUCCGCCUUCCUGCCAUCCCUCAACCUGGCGCCACGCCUCUCCAUCCCCAACCCGUGGAUCCGGUCCUACUCGUUUGAUGGAAAAGAAGAGUGGGAAGUGAACCCACUCUACUGCAACACCGUGAGGGAGAUCUACCCCUACAGCAACGGCAACCGGCUGCUCAACAUCGUUGACAUGGCCAUCUUCGACUUCCUGAUAGGGAACAUGGACCGUCACCACUACGAGAUGUUCACCAAGUUUGGCGACGACGGCUUCCUCUUACACCUGGACAACGCCAGAGGGUUCGGGCGACAUUCCCACGAUGAAACCUCCAUCCUGGCACCGCUCUCCCAGUGCUGCGUAAUAAAGAGGAUGACGUUAUUACGACUCCAGCUCCUGGCUCAGCCCGAAUACCGGCUCAGCGAUGUCAUGAGGGAAUCUCUCCUGCAGGAUCGCCUGGCACCCAUCCUCACCGAACCCCAUCUCUUGGCUUUGGACAGACGGUUACAGCUUAUCCUCAAAGCCGUGAGGAAAUGCAUAGACACGUAUGGAGAAAGCAAGGUGGUGGCCAACGACACCGUGCAGCCCAUGGUUCCCACGUCUGACAGAGUGAAGCUGACCAGUUAAAAUGGUCUUUAGCUGCUAUUCCCAGGAAGGAAAGACCCCUGCAAGGCAAGCGGAAAACUUUAAUAGCUGCUAACUUCUGUCUACAAAAGCCUGAGAGACUGAGAUGGGAGAAAAAUCUUGGAAGACUGUCAAGAUUCACACUGUCUUCCUAUGCUGAAUGCUUGACCAAAGCUCCCGUGUUUGGGAUGAAAGGUUGCCAAGUGUGUUGGUAAGUUGUGGUUUAACUGUGGCAGAUCUUUAUACUCUGAACACCAGCUCUCCAGUGGAAAAGCAGAGGCCUCCUGUUCUGUAGCUGGCCAGGUCCCUGGGAGGGUGAGGGAAUACAUGGGCACAGGUUUACUCAGCCUGCACAGGACCUUGGUCUCACUAGUGAAGACCUACAAACAACAUCUAAGGAUGAGGCUUGAAUAAAGAGAUGCUAACAGUA